AUGUCCACCAUGAGUGAAUUAGACAACCUCCGUCAAGAAGCGGAGACGCUAAAGAAUGCGAUCAGAGAUGCAAGGAAGGCGGCCUGCGAUACGUCGCUGGCGCAGGCGACGGCGAACCUCGAGCCCAUUGGGCGCAUACAGAUGCGCACGCGACGCACACUGCGCGGACAUCUCGCCAAGAUCUAUGCGAUGCAUUGGGGCAGUGACUCCAGGAACUUGGUGUCUGCGAGUCAGGACGGCAAACUGAUAGUGUGGGACAGCCACACAACCAACAAGGUGCAUGCGAUACCGCUGCGCUCCAGCUGGGUGAUGACCUGCGCGUACGCACCCUCCGGCUCUUACGUCGCCUGCGGUGGAUUAGACAACAUAUGCUCCAUUUACAGUUUGAAGACCCGCGAGGGUAACGUGCGCGUGUCACGCGAGCUGCCCGGCCACUCGGGCUAUCUCUCUUGCUGCCGGUUCCUCGACGACAACCAGAUCCUCACCAGCUCUGGCGAUAUGACUUGCGCCCUGUGGGAUAUCGAGACAGGCCAGCAGUGCGGCCAGUUCACCGGCCACACGGGCGACGUGAUGUCGCUGUCGCUGGCGCCCGACCAGCGCACCUUCGUGUCCGGCGCCUGCGACGCCUCCGCCAAGCUCUGGGACAUCCGCGAGUGUCAGUGCAAGCAGACCUUCCCCGGACACGAGAGCGAUAUCAACGCCGUCACGUUCUUCCCAUCCGGGUUUGCGUUCGCGACCGGUUCAGACGACGCGACGUGCCGCAUGUUCGACAUCCGCGCGGACCAGGAGCUCGCCAUGUACUCGCACGACAACAUCAUCUGCGGCAUCACAUCCGUCGCAUUCAGCAAGUCGGGCCGACUGCUACUGGCCGGCUACGACGACUUCAACUGCAACGUCUGGGACUCCAUGAAGAGCGAGCGCGCCGGUAUCCUGGCUGGACAUGACAACCGCGUGUCCUGCCUGGGUGUGACCGAGAACGGCAUGGCCGUCGCCACCGGAUCCUGGGACUCGUUCCUCCGCAUCUGGAACUAA